AUGGCGAGCAAUAGUGAAUUAGACCCACUAUGGAGGAAUGUCGAUUGGGCGAUUGGUCAGACCCUCCUGAUGGGAUGGGACGGCACAGAGGUCACCGCGGAGAUCAGGACCCUAAUUGAAGAUCACCAUCUCGGGUCAAUCAUCUUGACUGCCAAGAACCUUGAAUCUGCUCAGCAAACAUCAAGGCUUGUCCAGGAGCUUCAGACAAUUGCUAAAAAUGCCGGACAUCCGUAUCCCUUACUGAUCGCCCUGGACCAGGAGAACGGGGGGGUAAAUAGUCUUUUUGACCAAGAUCUUGUCUGUCAAUUCCCGAGUGCAAUGGGCAUUGCUGCUACAGGUCGGGCUGAGCUAGCAUACGAAGUCACCAAGGCUACAGCUACGGAGAUAUCGGCCUGUGGCGUAAACUUGAUGCUUGGUCCAGUCCUGGAUGUGCUCAACAAUGCCCGUUACCAACCCUUGGGUGUGAGGGCGACUGGUGAUGACCCGCAAGAGGUAUCUCAGUACGGCCUAGCCGCUCUCAGUGGUAUCCGUGAUGCCGGAAUGGCUUCGUGUGGUAAACAUUUCCCUUCCUAUGGCAAUUUGGACUUCCUCGGUUCCAACCUGGAUGUGCCCAUCAUCACUCAGACUUUAGAGGAGCUAAGCCUCAGUGCUUUGGUUCCUUUUCGCAAUGCCAUCGCUUCUGGGAAACUCGACGCCAUGUUCGUUGGCGGUUGUGGUAUUUCCAACCCAUCAAUGAACGUAAGCCAUGCUUGUCUCUCGGAUCAGGUCGUCGAUGACUUGCUUAGAACCGAGCUCGGAUUCGAUGGUGUUGCUAUUUCAGAGUGUCUUGAGAUGGAAGCGUUGAGCCACGACCUCGGUGUUCAGAACGGAGUUGUCAGAGCUGUGCAGGCGGGAUGUGAUCUAGUACUACUCUGCCGUGCGUACGAUGUGCAGUUAGAGGCUAUAAAAGGUCUAAAGCUCGGCAUAGAGGACGGGAUUAUAUCUAUGGCAAGACUUAUGAAAUCUGUCAAGCGGGUCUUGAAACUCAAGGCCCGCUGCACCUCAUGGUCAAAAGCUUUGCAGCCACCGGGAACAUCGCUACUUUCUCAACUUCACCCAUCACAUUUGGCUUUAUCUAGACGAGCCUAUGAUGAUUCAAUCACUGUCAUCAGAGACAAGGAGAAAUUGCUUCCGCUCUCUUCUUCUAUGCACCCAGGCGAGGAGCUUCUUUUACUUACCCCCUUGGUCAAGCCACUCCCAGCUUCGCAGUUAACCAAGAGCCUCGCCGGGUCGAAACCCAACGGCCAGUCAUUAAUACCCACUAUUCACGAUUCUUGGAAUCAUAGUGAACGAGAGAGGGGAUCGAUCUUGAGCGGCGAGGGUGUUUUCAGGGAAUUCGGAAAAGAAUUGGCACGCGCAAGAAAUGAAAAACUCCUUCACACGAGUUAUACUGCCAAUGGAGUGCGCCCAGUUCACGAAAAUCUGAUCAAUAGAGCAUCCUGCAUCAUCAUCAUCACGGCAGAUGCAACUCGAAACAUGUACCAGGCCGGAUUUACUAAGCAUGUCGACAUGAUGUGUUCCAUGCUUCGUAGCCGUGGCCAGAAGAAACAGCUCAUUGUUGUUGCAGUGAGCUCGCCAUAUGAUUUUGCCAUGGACACGUCUAUCGGUACCUACAUUUGCACUUUCGAUUUCACCGAGACAGCUAUGCAUGCUUUAGUCAGAGCUUUGGUGGGCCAGACGACUCCUAGUGGUACCCUUCCUGGAACCCUCCGAAAGAGUAAAAAGGUUCUCAAGCCGAGGCAACAUUGGUUGGUGGAGGAAUAUGACCGAAACCGUGAUGCAGCAGGGUUGGGCGAUCUAUUACGGGCCGUCAACCGGGCAAGCAUACCCGAUCUCCAAUUCCUGCGAACUACAAGCGCGUCGUCGUUCGAAUUAUCUAACCCCAACGUUAAGGAAGCACACUUUGUAGUUCGCAAUAGUAGCACGCACGCCUUGUAUGGCUUCGUUGCCACAUAUUUCGUCUCAGGCGUGGGUAUCCUCGGGGCAUUGAUAGUUGAUCCCAGUAAGCGAAAUGUGUCGAUAGGGAGAUCUCUCCACCGACGGGCUUUGCGAACUCUCAAGCAGCAACAGGGGCUCAAAAAACUUCAGGCGGGGACGUCAUUCCCAGGUGUUUUCCUCGGAGUACCUGUGGACGUCGGGUCUCAUAGUACGAGGGAGUGGCUCGCGAACAAGGGCUGGGACACUCAGUUUCCGCGGCGGUUGACGAAUAUGAUUAUUCCAGAUCUCUCGAACUGGACAGCUCCAGAAGGGCUGCUUCAGAGUAUUCAAAGGGCCAAUAUCACCUUCGAUUUGAUCCAUGGCCUGGAAAAUGCGGAUAGUGUCUUGAACCAUGUGGGCAGUCAUUCAAAUCCGGAAGUGUUGGAAUUGUACAAGGCCGCGCUUUCUGAGACAAAGUUUUGCGGUAUUGUCCGAGCAAAGGAGCCUUCUGGGGGUCUUCUCGGUACCAUCAUCAUCUCCAGGCAGCGCAGCCCCCUGGCUACCUCGAUUCCUCCACUUAUGUCUCACACAGAAGACAUCGGUGGAAUACUUGCGCCCGUUGUCCCCAUCGGACCACUCUCAACGCUGACCCUUCAAGGGCUUGCCUUGAUGGGAAUCCGCCAGAACAAAAGCCACAAAGCAUUGAAAACAGUUUUCUCAUGGGCUGUUGAUGAUGAGUACGAACCACUGCUGGCGAUGGGAUUCGAGAUUUUACAAGCAUUUGAAGAAAUCACAAACUCUCCUGAUAAUUUCGCAGAUCUCGUGUAA